AUGAGAUUUCUAGGCUUUGCGAUAUUUCCAUUCUUAUCGAUCCUUGCACUUUCAGUUGCCAGGGAUUCGGUAACUACCGACGGACGCACCUUUACCGGAUGUCUUCUCCGGCUGUCCAAUCCUUCUUAUCCAAUCUCCUCGGCAAUAUAUUUUCCAAGCAAUUCUACAUAUUCAUCAGUUUUGCAGUCUUACAUAAGAAAUCUAAGGUUCAAUGAAUCCAAUACCCCAAAACCUCAACUCAUACUCACUGCUUUGCAUGAAUCCCACAUUCAAACAGCCAUCGUUUGUGCUAAAUAUCAUGGCCUGCAAAUGAGAAUCAGAAGUGGAGGCCAUGAUUUUGAGGGCUCCUCUUAUGUAUCAGACGUUCCGUUUUUCAUUCUCGAUAUGUUCAAUCUUCGGUCAAUUAAUGUUAGUACGGAAGAUGAAACUGCAUGGGUAGAAGUUGGUGCAACUGUUGGAGAAGUUUAUUACAGAAUUGCUGAAAAAAGUAAUAUUCACGGGUUCCCGACUGGAACUUGCCCCACCGUAGGCGUUGGAGGCCAUUUCAGCGGAGGUGGAUAUGGAGUCAUGGCGAGGAAAUAUGGCCUCUCGAUCGAUCACAUAGUUGACGCACGAUUAGUGGAUGUUAAUGGCCAGAUUCUGGACCGAGCAUCCAUGGGGGAGGAUUUGUUCUGGGCUAUUACCGGAGGAGGCGCUUCCAGCUUUGGAGUUGUCCUUGCAUUCAAAAUCAAGUUGGUUCACGUCCCACCCACGGUCUCUAUUUUCACAGUAGAGAGGACUUACGCACAAAAUUUAACCGAUAUUGUUCAUAGUUUGCUAAAAAUUGUGGACAAGUUGGACAGGGAGGUUUUCAUCAAAACAGCCAUUAAUGUUGUCAAUGAUACUCAUCUUGUCGAAAAGAAGACAAUACAAGCUACAUUCCUCGGCUAUUUUCUUGGAGACCCGACCGGACUAUUUUCCCUGAUAAACGAGAGAUUUCCUGAAAUGGGAUUAAGAAAAUCUGACUGCACUGAGCAUAGUUGGAUUGAAUCCAUUGUUCGUUGGAACAAUUUCCCAGUUGGCACAUCAGUUGAAGUUCUGCUUAAUAGGAAUCAUCCAAAUCUUCAACACCUGAAGAGGAAAUCUGAUUAUCUAAAGAAGCCUAUUCCAAAACAAGGGUUGGAGUCAAUAUUUAAGAAAAUGAUAGAAUUGGAAACUCCAAUGUUAAAGUUAUUUCCUUACGGAGGAUUCAUGUCUGAAAUUCCACCAUCGGCAAAACCUUUUCCACAUCGAGCCGGUAACAUAGUCAAGGUCGAAUAUGGUACGAACUGGGACGAGAACGGAAUCGAGGCUGCGAAUCAUUACAUAAAUUUGACAAGAAAUCUUUAUAAUUUUAUGACUCCUUUUUUCUCCAAAUCAAGGGGAGCAUAUCUUAAUUAUAGAGAUUUUGACUUGGGAAUCAACCACCAUGGUCUAAACAGUUACAUUGAAGGAGCUGCUUACGGGAUUAAAUAUUUUAAGGAUAAUUUCAACAGACUGGUGCAAAUUAAGACAAGGGUUGAUCCUGAAAAUUUCUUUAGAAAUGAACAAAGCAUCCCAAUCUUUCCAUCAAUUGGAAGUCAAUGAAUUUCUGUAACAUGCUAAGACUUUCAGUUUUCCGGGUUGCGUGGAAUAAAAUCAAUAUGCAUAGGCUAAUUGAUGCAAAUGGUCUCCAUCCUAUGAAUUCGCUUCGAAAUCAGGACCUACCGUUUUCUUUUGACAAUUGUCCUUAUUUCAACCUUUUACUGCGCAAUAGUUCUUCCAUCAAAUUCUAUCUAUUUUUUCAGUUAAACUUGCGAUGCCCGACAGCCAA